AUGGCGGCAUUGAAAAUGAAAGCAGACUGGAAAGAACUCCCAAGGGAACUUCUCCAUUUGAUUUCGCAACGAAUCGACACUGAAAUUGAUCUCAUUCGCUUCCGAUCAGUUUGUUCCCAUUGGCGUUCUUCCUCGAUCCAAAAUCAUCAUCUUGACAUUUUGCCAUUCGAAGUCCCAAUCCUCAAAUUCCCACUCGACAUUGAAUUUUACAACAACAACAAUGAAGGCAUUCCUAUUUCCUUCUGUCACCUCUCCAAAAGCAGUUUCUUCCUCAUCAAACCAACACAAGAACAAGAACGACAAACCCGAAUUAAUCUUCGUCCUUGGUUGAUCAAAACUACCCAAACCUCAAAUGGAGUACCCAAACUAUCCCAAUUCGAACUUCUCUCUUUUGAUUUCCCAUUCGACGUGCUCGAUUUCAACAAACUCUCCGUCUUCCAUUUGGGAUGUCAGUUCCUUGUCGAAGAAGAUUCGAAACCCUCUUCAUCUGAUUUCGUACUACCUGAAGCUGUCGUAGUUCUCACUUGCAAUGGGAAGAAGCCUCUCGCUCUCACCAAGAAGAAAUAUUCUCCUCCCUUUAUGUUACUUCUCCGUUGCAGCGAUGAAAAACUUUUCUUGUUUCUGGAAGACUUCUCAGAUUAUGUUGAUUACAUCUGCGUGUUUAAACAGAGGAUUUACGCGGCUGUUGAUGGAACUGGAAAGACAAUUACAAUUGGACCGGAGGAGAACCAAAAUGUUGAGUUAGUAGCUGAACCUUUGGUUGAUCAUGGGAACAUUAGAUUCUUAGUGGAGAGCGAGGGCGAUCUGCUGUUAGUGGACAUUAGUGAUCAUGAUUUAACGGUUGAUGUUUUCAGACUUGAUGAGAAGGAGAGGAAGUGGGUGAAGAUCAAGAAUUUAGGAGAUAGGGUUUUGUUCAUAGGGCUUGAAUAUUCCUUUUCUGCUUCAGCCUCGGAUUUGUGUGUUUCCGAAGGGAAUUGUAUCAUCUUUAUUGAUGAUGUAUUCUUCUACGAUCAUACUGAUACAGAUACGGAGCAUAUAAUGACUAUUUUUUUCAUGGGUCAAGAUGGUCAGCUUUGGCCUUUGUCUGAUUAUCCUGAAUAUUACAACUUGUUCUGGCCACCUCCGGAGUGGAUCGUCAAAAGCCACAGUCAUUAA